CUGAACUAGAUGGAUAAUAUCUGAACUGAAAACUCGAAACAGCAACACAAUCACAACAAUGGCGUCAAUGAUAGUUCCAUCCCCUCUCCAACCGAAAUUAUUCCAUAAUACCAUCUCUUCCUCUUCUUCUUCUUCUUCAUCAACGGUUGGUCCAAUUUCAAUUUUUGUGGGGUCUGUAAGGAGUAUCGGAUGGUGCAGAAAAAGCGCGAGGAAACUUGGCCCAAGCUGCGGCUCAAGAACAACUUGCUGGUUCAGGUUCGGUAAAAAUGGCGUCGAUGCUGAAGGUGCCGGUAUUUAUGGAAGCCAAGCCCGUGAUGAUUUCGACCGUGAUGAUGUUGAACAGUACUUCAAUUACAUGGGGAUGCUGGCAGUGGAGGGUACAUAUGACAAAAUGGAGGCUCUUCUGAACCAGAACAUUCAUCCAGUGGAUAUAUUGCUGCUAAUGGCUGCUUCGGAGGGUGACCUUCCCAAAAUCGAAGAGUUACUCAGAGCCGGUGCAAAUUACUCCGUCAAAGAUGCCGAUGGUCGCACCGCCUUGGAUAGGGCGUCAACUCCCGAAAUCAAGGACUUCAUUCUCGGUUUCUCCGUUCAGAAAGCAUGAUUCUUUUUUCAAGUUUUGCGACUUUUUAUUUAAUGCGACUUCCCGACUUUUACCCUGUUAUAUGCUUUUAGCCUAAAUUGAUGAACUGGAAAAAAAUCAGAGAAUGAGAUAUUUAUUAUUUUUCCUCCAUA